AUGGCUAACGCUGUGCAACCCGGUAAAGACCUUCUGCCAACCCCACUUCGAUGUAGCAGGACCCAGCCAUGUGAUAGCUGCCUCAAGUCCAACUCGGAGUGCGUAUUUCCAGGCCCUGGUCGUGCCCCUCGGCGUAAAAAACGGCCCCUCAAGGCCGAGCUUAUCUCGCGCUUGAAGGGCCUAGAGCAGGAGCUCCGAGAGAUGACGCAGAAACGCGGAGACCCUGAUUCUACCACUAAAAAUGAGCAUGGCAAGUUGAUUGUGGAAGGACACUCCACUCGGUAUGUUACGCAUGAGGUUCUGGUUAGUCUUGGUAACCAGAUCGAAGAGCUCAAAGACCUGGUAGAUUCGACUGGGAAUAAUAUCGAAGAAGAUGGAGGUGACGAGUAUUCUCAGAAUGGUAAUCAGUUUCUCUUCGGCUACUCGUCCAUCGUUUCUUCGCUGUCGGCCUUUCAUCCCAGCCUAAGGGACAGUCAGAUACUAUGGAAGACUUUCGAGGAGAACGUCGCACCAGUCGUCAUGAUCUUCCAUAAACCAACUCUACACAGACUUAUCUACAAAACGGCUACGAACACCAGCUAUAUUGACCGAUCCUCGGAGACGGUGGUCUUCGCCGUCUACUUCGCCGCCGUCACCAGUAUGAGUCCCGAACAGUGUGCCGAGGAGCUAGGUCAAGAUCACUCUACACUCCUCCAGCAAUACCGGUUCGCAACGCAGCAAGCCCUAGCGCGAGCAGGCUUUCUUCAAACACGAAGCCAGACCGUGCUCCAAGCGGCCGUACUCUUCCUCACCUGUCUGCGUCGCCCCGGAGACGCCGAGUUCGUCUGGACCAUGACCGCGGCGGUUUAUCGGCUCGCACAAGGGCUAGGAUUGCAUCGCGAUGGAACCCACUUUAGCCUCACCCCCUUCGAGAUUGAACUGCGUCGCCGACUAUGGUGGUCUAUCUAUCUGCUGGACAGUCAAUCGUCCGAGCUUCAUGUCAUCGGCACACUAAUCACUAAGUCUUGCUAUGAUACCAAACUGCUCCUCAACAUCAAUGACACAGGCCUAUCCCCCGAGUCAACUACGCCACCGGAAGAACGCAACGAAUUCACAGAAAUGACUUUCUGCCUGAUCCGCUGCGAAAUGACCGUCCGCUACCGUCGCUCCUUUCUCAAUGCCCACCCCGCCCCCAGCAGCAGAGAAGGCCAUACCGCACACCUCGUAGACGAGCGUCUCCGCCAGCUCGAACAAAUUCGCACCCACUUACAAGAUCGAUACCUUCAAUACUGCGACAUUUCUAUCCCCGCGCAAUGGGUAACUGCGACAGUGAUCCGACUUGCUCUGGCGCGAUCAUGGUUAGUUGCACAUCUCUCUCAAGGGACGAUGACGGUGCAGAUGCCGCUGAUCGAGAUCUCCCCAGAUGAUCCGAAACGAGAUCAGCUCUUCCUGACCGCCCUCGAAGUGGUAGAAUUCGCCUAUCUGCUGGAGACGGAUCUGCGGACCACGCGGUGGGCCUGGCUUUUCGAACGGUAUCCGCAAUGGCAUGCGGUGGUGUUCGUGUUGACGGGGCUCUGUGGUCGGGAGCAGUCGGUGGAAACGGAGCGAGCGUGGGCGGUGCUCCAGAAGGCGAUUGAGCGGUGGACUGGACGAGAGUUCCAGAAGGGAGGGAUUACGCUGAGAAUGGUUUAUCAUUUCAUGGAGAAAGUUGCUGUAGCGCAUGGUCGGCUUGGGACGGACUGGAUUAGAGAAUUACUAAAUUUUGAGACAUAG